AUGGGGAGGAGCGGCAUGUCGACGGCGAGGUUGCUCGGGGUCUCCUUCCUCUGCGUGCUUCUCGUCAGGAACUCUGAAUCUGCUUCGGAUGACGGUAUUGCUCCUCUCCGGUGUUCUGUGUGCUGUGUGCUUCCUUCAGCUAUAUUCUUACUUGGUGACAAGUUGAUAGCCGCUGACUGCCGUGUUCUUCUUGCGUUGCGCUUGCCAGUAUCUGCGCUUCUUGCGUUCAAGAGAGCCAUCUACGAGGACCCUCUGUCCAAGCUGUCGGAUUGGAACUCCAAGGACAAGGAUCCCUGCGCCUGGUCCGGUGUGGGGUGCUCGCCGUUCAACAACCGCGUGGUCACGCUUGAGCUGUCAAAUUCAUCUCUCCAAGGAUUUUUGGCACCACAGAUUGGAUCCCUAAGAUCUUUGCAAAAUCUCGUGUUGGAUCACAAUACAUUCAUGGGCUCAAUACCAAAAGACAUCGGCAUGCUAAAGAACCUGAUCGAGCUGAACCUUAGCUCCAACCAAUUUGCGGGGCCUAUACCCAGUGAGAUUGGUGACUUGGCAAAGAUCACAAAAAUAGACCUUCAUGCAAAUCGGUUGGAUGGCACUAUCCCUCCUGAGCUUGGCAUGUUGGGAAGCCUCCUUGAGCUACGGUUGAGCAAUAACAGCCUUACAGGCAUUAUUCCUGCAAGUAAUGAUUCAGACAUGGAAUCUGCAAACAGCAAUGAUCAAAUUGGAUUGUGUCAGCUAUCUCAGCUAACCAAUGUUGAUCUCUCGUAUAACUUUUUGGUUGGAGAUAUUCCCACAUGCUUACAACAAAUCCAAAGAUCAAGCUUGGUAGGGAAUUGCUUCCAGAACAACACAUCAAACCGUCCACUACAGCAAUGUGAAACUAAUCAGGACAGAGGCAAAGACAAUGGUACUGAUGAGAAUGUGCAGAAAGGCCUGCCAGAGCCACUUUGGCUAUUCAUUCUGGAAGUCAUCGCAGCAGUUUCAUUGCUUUGUUUGUUAACACUUUGUACCAUGACUGGCCUCCGAAGGUGCAGAGCUAGAUCCUCUGGUUCCGGGACCAGUGUUCCAUGGACAAGAGCUGUAAGCUGGAAGGAGAACACCGUAAUCUCAAUCGAUGAUGACCUCCUGGUAAAUGUGCCAAAGUUAAGCCGGCAGGAGCUGGCAGAGGCUUGUGAAGACUUCAGCAACAUAAUUGGAUCGUCUCAGGAGACAGUUGUGUACAAGGGAACUCUGAAGGAUGGCCGGGAAAUCGCUGUUGUGUCGCUGACUGUUCCGGUGCAUUACUGGAAUGACUAUGUGGAACUUUACUUUCAGAAGGAGGUGAUAGAAAUGUCCAGACUGAGUCAUGAAAACGUUGCAAAGAUGUUGGGAUACUGCAAGGAGUCUGAUCCAUUUUCAAGAAUGCUAGUCUUUCAGUAUCCACCAAAUGGGACACUCUACGAGCAUCUGCAUGAUGGAGAUGGGUGGCAGCUAUCUUGGCCUAGACGGAUGAAGUUAGCACUCGCCAUCUCGCGGGUUCUCAGAUACUUGCACACUGAGCUGCAACCUCCAUUUGCAGUUGCUGCACUGACGUCUAGUUCAGUUUACCUAACCGAAGACUUCUCCCCAAAGAUAAUCGAUUUCGAGAGGUGGAGAUAUCUUGCGACAAAACCAGGAUUUGACUCACUGAAUGGGUCAGCCAACAGCAUUACAGAUUCUCGGCAUAAGCUUUUCAUGGACGUCCAGGCCAACACCUAUGCGUUCGGCGUGAUCCUGCUGGAGCUGAUCAGUGGCAGAGCCUCGGUUUCCAAAGAUAAAGGGGGCUUAGUGGAUUGGGCAAGAAAGCACCUGGAGCAGCCCGAGGAGUUCAGCAAGCUGGUGGACCCGAGGCUGCAGAGCGUUAACCAGGAGAGCCUGGGCAUCGUCUGCAACGUGGUGAACCUGUGCAUCGACCCGGAGCCGUCGCGGCGGCCGUCCAUGAGCAUGAUCGCGGCCAUCCUGGAGGAAGGCAUCGAGGCGUCGGCGGCCACCUUGCUCAAGAAUUCGUCUCUGGCCUGGGCCGAAGCCGAGCUGGCCAUCUCCUAG